CUUAUCAGCUUCAAUCAGUACAUACAUGACGAAAUCAGUACUUGAAGUACACCCGACCUUUCGCCGCGAUCCACUCGUAGCUCAUACACAAGGGGACAACUGAAUUUAAUGGUUCUUUCCAAUCAAAAGAGUUCUCAGAUCAAAAAAGAAAAAGGAAAAGAAAAUACUUCAAUGAUGAAAUGCCACAAAACACUCGUGGAAAAUCACCCCAAGAUAUGACCUUGAGUAUAUCAGGUACACUUUCCCUAAGAUGGCGAGCAUCAAGGCCUCAUUGAAGGCUAUCAACGAAGCUAUUCGCCAGCAAAAAUGGGAUGAUGCUUUAGCACAAGCUGAAAAUAUCAUCAGCAAAGACUCCAAGAACUAUCAAGCCCAUGUGUUUAAAGCCUUUGUAUUAGACAAGAAGAACCAACUAGAUCUAGCCGAAGCCGCCUACAACACCGCAGUCAGUAUCCGAUCUGAUAGCCAAGCAUGGCAGGGUCUGGUCCAGGUCUACGAGAAACAGGGGCCCAAGGCUCUACAGAAAUAUCAGCUCGCCGCUCUCAAGCUUGCUGAAAUUUUCAGGGAUGCGGAAGACGUGCAGAAGUGCCAAAAUGUCGUAGACAAGUUCAUUGACUUUGCUCGCACGAAGUGUGACCGAGCCCAAUAUGUUCAAGCUUUACAUCUCAUCCUUCCCGACAGUCCCAUAUAUCCUGCUCUUGAAGGCCGGGUUCCUCAUCCUGCUAGAACCUAUGAGACUAUGGCCCAGAUCUUGGAGGUUGAAGAAAAGAAGCGUAUCAAUAUCCUCAUUGGUGAACGUCGAACAAGGCUAGGCGCUAAACUCAGUGAGGUUACUCUUGAGGUCAACCGAGAAGUCUUAUGUCAGAGCGAGCUAGCCGACAUCUAUGAGAAACUUACGCUCUGGGUCCAUGAUGAUGAUGUCAGGCGUCAAUAUGAAGAGAAAUUACUUCAAUUCCGAUAUGACCGUCUCCUGGUCACUCCCCCCCAAACCAAAGCUGCUGAGAUUCAAGUUGUUCAGAAGUUGGCAAACGACAUGGUCAUUAUCAAACACCCUUUCAAGCUUGCUUGGGACAUUGCGGUCGAAUGGCAAGACUAUAAGGAAAUUAAGGACUGGGAUGUCAAUGUGCUUAACGAAUAUUGCUCCUUCUUCCCCGAUAGUGAUCUUUAUCGUGUCUUGACAGGUUUCAUGACAAGUGACAUCUCACCAUUCCCAAAAAGGACGGUGCCAGCUCCAGCACCCGCGCUUACGUCUGAGACAGACGAAGAAAGCGAAGAUGAUGAAGAUGGUGGUGCUCCGACGUCAGUCGUGCCAUACACCGACGAAGACAGGCUCUUAAUGAUGAUGGAAGGGAUUUCGACUACCAGCUCUUUGCUCGCUCACAGAUUAAUGGGAGAGUAUUACCAGAACCUAGAAGACCACGAAAGUAACGUGGAGCUUAUGAGAAAGGCAAUCAAGAUAAUGAUUGCGGAAACAGAAAAGAUUGGCAAGGUCUUUACGAAUGCUAAUCAGGCUUUCAUGCUUUACCUGGGUACUGCAUUGGUGUUCUAUCAAUCUCCCAGGAAUCACGGCGAAGCGAAAUGUCUGUUCGACAAGGUACUGGAAGUGGACUCCACGUCAACCGCUGCGAUGAUUGGCGUUGGUCUAAUCUAUGAAGAGGAGGAGGAAUUCGAUCAGGCAAUCGAAUUCUUGGAACGAGCACUUGAAGGUGAUAGCAGCAACCUCCGUGUCCGUGCUGAGGUUGGUUGGCUCUAUUCAUUGAAAGGCGACUACAUACGUGGGAAGAAGGAGCUCGAGUCUCUUUUACCAUCCAUGAUGCAGGCUUCAGUGUCUAAGGAUUUGCUAGCCCAGACACAAUAUCGACUAGGCUGUUGUAUUUGGAACCUCGACUCCUCAAAAACUGCCAGGAAGAGUCGGAAGGGUGCAUAUGCCUACUUCCUAGAUGCUAUAAAGAGCAACUUCAAUUAUGCCCCGGCAUAUAGUAGCUUGGGUAUUUACUAUGCAGAUUACGCGAAGGACAACAAGAGGGCCCGAAAAUGCUUUCUCAAGGCUGUAGAGCUAUCGUCAGCUGAAGUUGAGUCUGCCGAAAGGCUUGCACGCUCGUUCGCUGACGACGGGGAUUGGGAUCGCGUUGAAUUGGUAGCACGGCGAAUCGUGGACUCGGGCAGAGUUAGGCCGCCUCCAGGAUCUAAGAAGAAGGGCAUCAGUUGGCCCUUAUCUGCACUUGGGGUGGCUGAGUUGAACAAACAGGAUUAUGCCAAAGCAGUGGUCUCGUUUCAACAAGCCCUGCGUAUUUCUCCCGAAGACUAUCACUCCUGGGUCGGUCUGGGUGAAAGUUACCACAACUCGGGACGAUUUAUUGCAGCCACGAAAGCAAUUCAAAACGCCCAAAAGUUGGAACAAAAUGCGGACAGCGGCAAGAUCGGUGACACUUGGUUCACGAAAUAUAUGCUCGCUAACAUUAAACGCGAGCUUGGCGAGUUUGACGAAGCCAUCGAUCUAUACCACGAGGUCAUAUCGAAUCGCCCAGAGGAAGAGGGUGUUGCUAUAGCCCUGAUGCAGACCAUGGUUGAAAAUGCUUCGGACUGUGUCGAAAAGGGCAUAUUUGGUAAAUCGAUUGAAUUGGCUAGCAAAGCCUUAUCCCUUGCCCUAACCGUGCCAAUCAACCUCAUUAGCACCUUCAAUUUCUGGAAGGCAGUCGGCGAUUCGUGCUCCAUCUACUCUACCGUUCAAAGUCACGUGUCCGAUCUCCCCACUGACGGUAUCCGGAAGCUGCUUGAUCUAGGAAUAGAAAACAAUUCUGCGUAUGCCGUCUUGGAGGAUAUCGAUGGUGUGGGCAAAGACAUUAUCUUUGCUGAAGGCAGAUUCCCCGUGGAUGAACAACUUGGAGUUGAUCUCACCCGAAGUCUCCACACCGCUAUUCUAGCCCACAAGCGGGCAAUUCACGAGUCAGCCAACGACGCUCAUGCUCAGGCAGUUGCAUACUACAACUUGGGCUGGGCCGAGAACCGGGCCCACGUUUGCCUUCCUGUCCAACUUCGCGGCUCAUCAAGCAGGUAUCAGAAGGCCGCCGUGCGAUGUUUCAAGCGAGCAAUAGAGCUUGAAGCCGCAAACGCAGAAUUUUGGAACUCGCUAGGCGUUGUCACGAGCGAAAUCAAUCCAUCCGUGGCGCAACAUGCAUUCGUCCGCAGCCUAUUCCUCAACGAAAGAAGCGCUCACGUGUGGGCAAACCUUGGAGCCUUAGCACUUCUCCAGAACGAUGGCCAGCUUGCGAACGCGGCCUUUACGCGGGCACAGUCCAAUGAUCCCGACUACGCUCACGCCUGGUUAGGCCAGGGCCUGGUCGCGCUCCUAUAUGAUGACCCCAAGGAAGCUCACGGCCUCUUCACUCAUGCAAUGGACAUCUCCGAAUCUUCCUCACUUCUUACGAGACGUCAAUACCCCAUAUCCAUGUUCGACCAUAUCCUCUCAAGCACAUCCGAUAUAGGCAUCACAUCCCUAAUACAACCUCUAUUUGCUCUCACUCAACUGCAGCGUCUGGAUCCACAAGAUCUCGCUUAUCGGCACCUUUCUACCUUGUAUCAAGAAAGAACGAAUGAUAGUAUUUGGGCGAUAAAUGCCCUCGAAAAUACCUGCGAGCAAUUGAAGGAAAACUAUGAGGCUACCGAAUCUACAAAAUCCCUUGGACGCCUUGCCCUAGCCAAAGCCGACCUUGCUCGGUCAUAUCUUUCGGCUGGUGAAUAUGAGAAGGCCAUAGAUUGUGGAGAAAGCGCUUUAGGUAUAAACAGCGACAAGCUCACGGCUGACCAGCGUACAAAGGCUCGUCUAUCAGCUCAUCUAACCGUAGGACUAGCACAGUACUUCUUGAAAGACAUCCAGUCAGCUUUGUCGUACUUUACAGCCGCUCUUGAAGAGUCCAGCGAGAAUCCAGACGCUGUCUGUCUUCUGGCCCAAAUGCUAUGGGCUAGUGGUACUAGCGAGGCUAGAGAGAAGGCACGGGAUAUUCUGUUCGGUGUAAUCGAAAACGAUGCUACUCACGUACAGUCCGUUCUGCUUUUGGGUAUCAUCGCCUUACUCGAUGAAGACGAAGAGUCUCUCGACGCCGUUGUUUCGGAACUUCAAACGCUCCGGACCAGCGAAAAAGUCACCAACGCUGAACAUUCUCAGAUUGGUGAAGUAUUCCGUGCCGUUGCCAUACUAUCGGAAACCGGUACAGAUAGUGAUGUCCUUGCUGAACUUCAGACUGAUGUUAUGCUGUACCCACACCUUCCACACGGAUGGUCGAGGUUAGCCGAGUCUACAGGGGACGAGUAUCCAGCAGAUAUGGCCCUGAAAGUGGCACUAAAGGCCAUCCCGCCGAAAGGCGAACUUGGUGCUGUGGGUCUAGCCGAUGCAUAUGCAGGAACUUGCAAGGCUGCCGAUGCCCAGACGGCAAUUUUCAUCGCGCCCUGGAGCAGUACUGGCUGGGAGUCAUUGGGCAGUGCAAUCUCAUCAUAAACGGUUGCACUGCUAAUUCUUGGCUUUUUUUUUUUCAUGAUACAAGCCUGUAGCAUAUCAGCCCCAGGUUGUUGCAUGAGUGAUAUGGGAGAUGCGCGGCUAGUCACCUGAUGGGAAUGAGAGUAAAUGAGUAACUAUCAUCUUGAUGCAUACAAUUCUCUGGUAUUCAUCUUUCAAGGAGACGCAAGUGUUAUAUUAAAAUGAGGCUAGGUCAAUGCCUUCUUAAUAUACCUUUGUAAACUUUGGAAUUAUCCCUGGACUAUAUCCAGGAUUCAUUUUCAACAAGAUGGGCCUAUGGAAGGAAGGUAUCAUUCAUACCUAGGUAACUACCUAGUACCAAUAAUUUCAUGUCCCAACCAAGAUAGCCUCUUAAUUUACUAUCAAUUAAGACAAUGCCAAAUGA